GCCUCUGUUGAUAAGCCGCUGUGGGGAGCCGAACCGGGAUCGGAGACUUCCAGAGAAGGUGCUGGGUCCACCACGGAGAUACUUUGCUUUGGUAAACAAAUCAAAGCACAUGCAAAGUUGUGUCCUCAAACCAACUUGACACUUAAGGGAUACCAUUGUAGAGAAGACACAGUGGAGAAGACACUUGCAUUUCGAUCUACAGAGAAGAAAUGGAGAGAACCAUCCUCUUACUUGUUCUUUCUACAGCUGUUGAGGGGGAUACAGGAAAACACAUUUUUGUCCCCGAGAAGAUGAUAUGGAGCGAUGCUCAGAUUUACUGUAGAAACCAGUACACUGAUCUUUCCUAUGUUAGAAGCCAGAGUGGUGUCGACAGGCUUCGAAAGGCUGCAGGUGAAAGCAAUCCCCAAGGAUGGAUUGGUCUACAUCGAGAUCUUAACAACCUUACUGGCUGGAAGUGGUCCGGAGGAGGACACAUGACAUACCAAAACUGGUGCCAGGGGCAACCAGAUAAUUGUCAUAACAUCGAGACCUCUGUAAAUGUAAUUAAUGAAAACGGAGAAUGGAAUGAUGAUGCAGAAACAAAACAGAAAGAUUUUUACUGCAUCAAUAUUACCGUAGUGGAGGUGAAGAAGACGUGGGAAAAAGCUCUGGAGCACUGCAGAGAAAAUCAGUCUGACCUUACCAGCCUGCUCGAUGAGACCGAGCACCUUCUGGCUUGGAAAGAGGCCCUGAAAGUUCAAAGUGAGCGGGUGUGGAUCGGCCUGCGCUACCUGGGGGACCGCUGGCUGUGGGUGAAUGGAGACCCUCUGCAGUACGAGGCCUGGCCCCAAGGAGACCAGGACCACCAGUGUCCAAUAUAUAAACGCUGUGGAGCUUUAACCAAAGAGGGACUGUGGGAGAACUGGGACUGCAAGGAAAAACUCAACUUCAUCUGCAUCUGAUAGAUUAACAUUAUUAUAUCUAGUAUAUUCUGACUUGUACCUGCAAUGUGCAACAACAAAUCACUUACUGCAUUGUGCCGUCUUGUGCAUAUUCAUAUCAAAUAUUAUCGUUACUACACCGGAGUGCUUUUUCAGUAAAAUGUUAUGUAAAUGUAAACCUAAAAUAAUAGAUUUAAGAUGUAAGAGGAAAUCAAGAAAGUGCCAGGUAAAAACUGUUUUAGAGUUUACCAGCAAUGAUAUGAGUGGCUCAGGGAUAGUGUGGCCAGAUCUGAGUGGUGUAACUGAGAGAGGAAAAGCCCAGUCAUCUGGUUGAGUAAAAACUAUAAAGAGACAGAUAGUGUAAAUGAACGAGAGCAGAAAGUGUAUUCCUGACUGUGUGUGUGUGUGUCCU